AUGAAGAAAGAGAAUCAUACUUUGGUGAGUGAGUUUACGUUCCAGGGUUUCUCCAGCUUCCAUGAGCACCAGCUCACCCUCUUUGUUGUAUUUCUUGUACUGUACAUAUUAACCCUGGCAGGCAAUAUCAUCAUUGUGACCAUCAUUAGCCUUGAUCAUCACCUCCACACCCCCAUGUACUUCUUCCUCAACAUGCUUUCAGCUUCAGAGACCAUGUACACACUUGUCAUUAUUCCCAAGAUGCUCUGUAACCUCAUAGGCCUGAGUCAGCCCAUUUCCUUGGCAGGUUGUGCCACUCAGAUGUUCUUCUUCACCACUCUGGCCAUCAACAAUUGCUUCCUACUCACAGCGAUGGGUUAUGACCGCUAUGUGGCUAUUUGCAACCCCUUGAGGUACUCUGUCAUCAUGAACAAGAAGGUGUGUACUCAGUUGGUAUGGGGGGCCUGCAGCAUUGGCCUAAUUGUAGCCAUGACACAGGUGUCUGCUGUGUUCAGGCUGCCCUUCUGUACCACGAAGGUGGCCCACUUCUUCUGUGACAUCCAACCUGUGAUGAAGCUGUCUUGCAUUGACACAACUGUCAAUGAGAUCCUAACUUUGAUCAUCAGUGUGCUAGUGAUCCUGGUUCCCAUGGGAUUGGUUUUCAUUUCCUACAUCCUCAUCAUCUCCACCAUCCUCAAGAUCACCUCUGCUGAGGGCCGGAAGAAGGCCUUUGCCACCUGUGCUUCUCAUCUCACUGUGGUCGUUGUCCACUAUGGCUGUGCUUCCAUUGCCUACCUCAAGCCCAAGUCAGAGAACACUAGGGAUCAGGAUCAGCUGAUUUCAGUGACCUACACCGUCAUCACCCCCUUACUGAACCCUGUGGUAUACACCCUGAGGAACAAAGAGGUCAAGGAUGCUCUGCUCCGGGUCAUUAGCAAGAAGCUUUCCUGA